AUGGCGGCCGGGCCGGCGUCACUCCGCUGAGCUGCCGGCCCUCAUGCCGGCCCCGCCCCCGUGCUGCUGCGUGCGCUGAUUGGUCGAGAGGUGCCGGGGCGGGCUGCGAUUGGACGAGGCGGGGCCGGGCCUGAGGCCGCGGUGAGGGCGGCGAUGGACGGGUCGCUGUCGCUGUCCCUGGACGAGGCCGCGCUGGAGGUGAUGGAGGCGCUGGAGCUGCUGCAGCAGCGGCGGGAGCAGCUGGAGCAGCACCUGCGGCAGGGGUGGCUGUCCCUUGCUCAGGCCCGUUACUCCCUGGGAUGUCACCGUGUCUCGUCCCUGCAGUACGGGGCCACCAUGGUGCCACGGGUCCGUGUGUGCCACAGGCAGGACCCCGAGGGACGCCCCCACUUUGAGGAGGUGCCCGGAACAGGGGGGGACCCCGAGGACCCCGGCCCCCAGCAGGGGGGGGGGUCAGGGCUGCGGCAGCGCCGGGGAGCCCCUGAAAAAGGGGGGACCCCCAGCCGGCCCCCCCCAGACCCCCUGGGCUGGUUUGGGGUCCUGGUGCCCCCCAGUCUGCGGCAGGCCCAGGGAAGCUUCCAGAAGGGGGUGACGCUGGCCGUGGAGGUGGCCGAGCUCCAGGCCACCAUGGAGGCUGCGGCCGCCCGGUACCGGCAGCUCCUGCGGCAGAAAUGUCACCUGGAUGGGGACAAUGGGGACAGCGGGGACAGCCAGAGCUCCACGGGAACCCCUGGGGACAGCGAGGACACCGAGGGUGACACAGCGACCUCAGUGACUGCGUGACACGAGGACACGUCUGCAGGUGACACAGCUGACACCGGUGACACUGAGGACAGCAGCACCAAGUCCCCAAGGCCUGUGGGUGACACUGAGGUGACACCGAGCCCCACACGUGACUGAGGGGGGUUCCCCCAUGUCCCCACCCCAAUAAAGCCACCCUGGUGCCACCACAGGGUCAUUUGUCACCAGUGUCUGGUGCCAGCUCUGUCAGUGCCACCAAUGCCA